AAUUGGAGGCGCUAUUUUUCUGUUUUGAGAAAAAGUGAAGAGAAACGGUAAGGUGAAUGAAAAUAGUAAUCCAUUAUAUUAUCUGUUUUAACAUCGUUUAAUGUUUUAUUAACAUUUGUAAGAAAGGAGCGUGAUACUUGACGUGAUUGUAUUUGUGAGUCGGAAUUAAAAAUAUUUCUAUUAAAAUUUAUCCACUUUCCCGCGCAAGUAACGUAACGCUCACGGCGACUCACCUCCAGACACAUGUUGGUAAAAAAGCGAAAACAAAGCAGAAAGAAGUCGAUCCAAAAUCACAUUCCGGCGUCGAGGUUAGAAAUCAAUUUAUUUAAAGAGAAAAAGAUUGAUUUUCUAUAAUCCAGCGCUAUGGGGAAGAAAGAUAAGAACAAGAAUAAAAAGAAAAUAAGUGGCAGUGUGAAAACUGCACUGAAAACUGAAAAAAAACUUAAUGCUAAGCAAAAGAAGGAGUUAGCGGCGCUCGGUGAGGAGGAUAUAGAAAAAAUUGUUGCUGAGAUUGAGAGAGAAGAGGCUCGCAGGCAGUGUGUCCAGGAGGUGGUGAUAAAGGCUCCAUCCAGACGAGUCAACUUUACUUUCACUGCCCAUCCCUCCAAGGAUGAGCUCAUCAUGUUUGGCGGUGAAUUUCAUGAUGGUCGACAAACCCUUGUAUAUGGUGAUAUGUUUUUCUACAAUAUAAAUAAACGUGAGUGGACGUUGUUGAAAGCACCAGGGGCACCACCACCACGAUGCGGUCAUCAGGCAGUAGCCACAAUGGCAAACCAAAGUGGUGAAUUUUGGAUAUUUGGCGGUGAAUUUACUAGUCCGAGUGAGUCGCAGUUUUAUCAUUACCGUGAUUUGUGGGUCUUCCGAUUCGCAGAUAAGAAAUGGGAAAAGAUCACGGCUCCAAAUGGUCCAUCAGCCAGAAGUGGACACAGGAUGGUGCACGCGAAAAAGCAGCUGAUAGUGUUUGGUGGAUUUCAUGAUAAUCUACGAGGCGAUUCUAAAUAUUUCAACGAUGUGUAUAUUUUUGAUCUGGAGAUAUACACAUGGCAAAAAAUUGAACCCCUUGGCGUUCCUCCUGCUCCUCGAUCCGGCUGUAUAUUACUGCCAACUACGGACAACAAGUUCGUGGUAUACGGCGGCUACAGUAAAGAGAAGGUAAAGAAGGACACAGAGCGAGGUCACGUUCACGCCGAUAUGUUUCUCUUGCAAACGGACAAAACUAACGCAACAAAGUAUAAAUGGGUCUGCGUAAAGCAGACCGGAAUUCGAAUAAACCCGAGAUGCGGUGCUUCCGCUAUACUAAUUCAGCCCAACCAGGCCUUUGUGUUCGGGGGUGUUUACGACGAUGAGGACGACGACGACGACAAUGAGAAUCUUCACGGAACAUUUUACAACGAUCUGUUUGCAUUAGAUACAGAAAAAUUAUGUUGGCGUACUGUAACGUUAUCUGGGAAAAAAGAAGCGACAUCCACUGACGGAGCCGAGGAACGAAAGAGAAGAAGACGAAGAAAACAGAAGGAAGGAGGCGACGUAGAGUCAGGACAGAAUAACGAUUCUGAGGAAGAGUCGGACGAGGAGUUGGAAGAACUUCCUGCGCAAUCUAGUAUUACCGAUGACGGAAUAUUCACGGUAACUAUAGGCUCAUCGGCAGUACCUACAGUUUCUUCGGCUCUUAAUCAUCUCUCCUUGACGAAGAAGAAGGAAGGGACGAUAUUUUUUCCGUCACCGCGGAUAAAUGCUGCAAUGGCUGUGAAGCACAACGUUUUGUAUUUGUACGGUGGCAUGGUGGAGGAAGAUGAUCGACAAUACACUCUCUGCGACUUCUACAGCAUGGAUUGCCGAAAACUGGAUGAAUGGAAAACUCUAAUAGCAGACGAUUUGUUCUCUCAAGAGUGGUUCGAUUCGUCAGACGAUUCCGAAGAAGAUAAAGAGAGUGAGAAUGAAGACGAAGAGGAUGAAGAUGAAGAUGAUUAGGAUUGAAAGAACAGCAAAUAGUAUGUGAAUAUAUAGCAAAUCUAAUAAGCCUAUAAUAACAAAAAUAAUUUAAAAACUCAAAGAGAAACAGCAACAAUAAAUAAAUAAAUAAACAGUAACUAUUU